AUGGACUACCUUAUGGACACCAGCACGCACUACAUCGACUCCCCGCCGCUCUCGGUCCAGGAGAUUGUCCGCAAGGCCGAGGACUUUGACUACAACCCCCUCGUCCCGCUGCGGCACUGGCUCCGCACCGCCGACACCCUGCUCAAAGAGGCAAUCAUCUACCAAGAGGAAGGAAACGAGCAACGCGCCUACCUCCUCCUCGUACGAAUGGCCGAACUCCUCGUCAACUACCUCCCCAAGCACCCCCACUACCGCCACCCCGAGUAUGCCCGCCACGUCGCCCACAGCAAACCCAGUCUCCGCGAGGCCCUCACCCGCCUCGAAUACCUCCGCCCGCGGGUCGCAGCCCGCCACGCCGCCUACCAGCGCGCCCUCGCCCGCCGCGCCUCCUCCACCUCCUCUUCCUCCUCACGGCAUCCCAGCACCGAUUACGACCUCGGCAUCAACCUCACCCGCCGGCAGCAGGGCAGCGGCGCCACCGCACUCGAGGAGUUUGAGCGGCGCGAGCACGAGAAGCGGGCGCGCCGCGCCGAGCAGCAGGGGCGCAGCGUCCCCGUCGAUUCGCGCGGGAGGGAGAUCCGCAGGGUUGCGACGCCGGUGGAGGAUGCGUGGAGAAGGCGCUUUGUCCCCGAGGGGCUCGAGAGAUAUGAUGGCGACGUGGGCACCGGAUAUGCGUUCGGCGAUAUGAGCGGCCGCGUGCCGCCGCCAUCGUCAGAGAGGAGACAAACGGAUGAGGAGAUUGCGAGGCGCGAGCAGCAGAUGGAGGUUGAGGCGUACGGGCUGGCGCAGAGUAUCGAGAGGCUGGACAUGGGCAGCGGGCUGUCGCAGCGGCAGAUGCAGCCGCAGGGAUACGGCGGCGGCAUAUGGGGCGAGCGGGAGCGUGAGCGUGAGCGAGACCGUCAGCAGGAAAGGGAGCAGCGAGUCGGCAACUGGCAAGGAAACUACCCCACCGUACCCAAGCGCCGGACAUCCCCCAUCCGCCCCAUCGACCUCCCCCCCUCCCUCAUCCCCGGCAUCGACAUCCGCAGCGUCACGCCCACGCCCACGCCCCCACCCCCCCCAAAACCAACCUACUAUACCAUGCCCACCCUCCCACCCCCGCCCCAACCCGCGCCCUACCCGCCCUACCCGCCCUACCCGCCCUCCCCUCGCGCCCCCUCCGCCCCCGCCCUCCCCACCAAAGCCCCCGCGGCCCCCGCCAAAAAGCACGCCACCACCGACUUCCAAUUCACCACUCCGGCGACGCUGGAAAACGGCACACCCCUGCGCACAAUCUUCCUCCCCUCCGCGCUGCGGACCGAGUUCCUCGCCGUGGCGUCGCCCAACACGCGCAAGAACCUCGAGACGUGCGGCAUCCUGUGCGGCACGCUGAUCCAGAACGCACUCUUCAUCAGCCGCCUCGUGAUCCCGGAGCAGGAGGCCACGAGCGAUACGUGCGGCACCACGGACGAGGAGGGCUUGUUCCAGUACUGCGAUAGCGAGGAGCUGAUGGUGCUUGGGUGGAUACAUACACAUCCGACUCAGACGUGCUUCAUGAGUAGUGUGGAUCUGCAUACGCAUUGCUCGUACCAGCUGAUGCUGAGGGAGAGUAUUGCGAUUGUGUGUGCGCCGAGACAUGAGCCUUCGUGGGGUGUGUUUAGACUUACAGAUCCGCCCGGUGUCAAGACGAUCAUGAAUUGUAGGCAGAAGGGCCUGUUUCAUCCGCACGAGGAGCGGAGCGUGUAUACGGAUGCGAUGAGGCCGGGGCAUGUGUGUGAGGUCAGGGAGAUGGGCUUUGAUGUUGUCGACUUGAGGAAGAGCCAGUAUUAG